AGGAGUGAGUUAAAUGUGUGAGGAGUAGCAAUAGCUUUCCACGCAGACGGAGAGGUUUAUGUCCGUAAGGAAGUCGUGAACUCGUUCGCCGCAACAUCAAAUAGGUUACAAUACGAAUCUAUUUAAUAAUGAUUAUAUUUAGGCCUAAUAUCUAAUGUUGAUUCUUUUUUUAAGCUGGAAGUCUUGAAGUCUGUUUAGGCUACCUUAGCGCGAAGAAAAGCAAAAGGAAGAAAAGGUUAGGCUACUUUCUGGAAUAGGUUAGUUUGCAUUCUUUUCAUUUGGAAUACACAACGGCUUAGUUGUUACACCCAGACAUUUUUAAUCAUCUGUCGUUGAACUUGGCAAGAACACACGUUUCGUGGUAGUGCGCACCAGUGUCAAGAUCAUUUCUCCGCGGUGGCUUCUCAGACACUAGCACAACGGCAAGGCCAGCCAUGGUAAACAGCCGGGUGGAGGCGUCGGCUGUGUCAGUGACAGGGGGCGGGGUGGCAGGGCGGCAGUGCGCCGGCUGUGGGGGCCGCAUCGCAGACCGCUUCCUGCUUUUCUCCAUGGAGCGCUACUGGCACACGCGUUGCCUCAAGUGCUCAUGUUGCCAUGCCCAUCUGGGCGAGAUCGGCAGCACCUGCUACAGCAAAGGGGGCAUGAUCCUCUGCAAGAAUGACUACAUCAGACUGUUCGGGCAUACCGGGGCUUGCAGUGCCUGUGGGCAGUCCAUCCCUGCCAGUGAGAUGGUGAUGCGGGCACAAGGAAACGUCUACCAUCUUAAGUGUUUCUCCUGUGCCACUUGUAGGAACCGCCUCGUUCCUGGUGACCGAUUCCACUAUGUGAACGGAACCAUUUUCUGCGAACAUGAUCGGCCAGGGGGAGGGCUCCUCAGCAGUCACCUGGCACCGUUGCAGGGCAAUGCCAUGAUGCCUGACCAGAAAGUAUGCUGAAGAAGAUGAUGAAUUAAGCAACAUGUGCCUUCUCCUCCUCCUACUUUCUUUUAUCCACCUGUCAAUGUAUCCUGCAUCAUCUAUCCAUCCUUUUAUCCAGGCUGUUGUCUGUACGCAUUACUGACACUGAUACAAGUGUCAAAGCCUUUCUCAGUACAAUCAAGUUCCCAGUCAAGGGAAUGGGAAAGAAGGGGAGGGGAAGCUUACAUUGAUUUAGUCAAGUAAACCAGUGUCUAAUUUUGGCCAAACAAUGAUGGUAGGCUUAUUAAGAAGUGGCUUACCUGGAAAGGACUGGCAAAUGUCUACUCAUGGAGCCAUCUUGCAUAAAGGAGCACCUUGACCCAUCCUGCCUGCUUGUGCACAGGGAUCAAUAGAGGACAUGGGGAACUGCUAUGGUAACUUUUAUAUCAGAAAGACUGCAUUCAAAUCAAGACUGAGACAUCACAGAAGCAGAUUCCAGAUGUUGGUCAGAGGCAGGAGGUGAUGUGGCUGUACAGUAGAUUGUCAUUGGACGUGUUUUGCACUCUAAAAGGUGCUGGAUCUGCCAAGUGAAUGUCGUAAAAUCUCAUUGUACAUCCAACCUGCUUUCAAAAAUGGACUGUACAAAUAUAAUAACUUUGGGAUUCUCCAACAGAGGAUUCUGAAA